AUGCGCUUUACUUCACUUGCUGUUGCCUUCCUUGCAUGUGCCCUAGUGGUAUCUGGAAGUGUAAUCCGUGAAAAGAGACAGUGUGGAUGUGCUCAGCCACAGCAGAGCCAGUGCUCGUGCCAACAAGUUCAACAGACUCAGUCUUGCUCUUGCCAAUCUGCUCCAGUCCAACAACAAGCUCCAUCCUGCUCUUGCGCUCAACCACAACAAACCCAAACUGUUCAGGUCCAAGCUACUCAAUGCGCCCCAGCCUGUCAACAGAGCUGCCAACAACAGUGCCAAUCUGCCACAUCGGUGUCUCAGUGCCAGCCACAAUGCCAGCAACAGUGUCAAUCACAAUGUACUCCAAUGUACAAUCCACCAACUACCACCACCACUACUACCCAAGCUCCAGUUGCCCAAUACCAACAAUGUCAACCAAUGUGCCAACAACAGUGCCAAUCUACCUGUGUUCAACAACAGCAACCAGUUGCUCAGUGUCAACCACAAUGCCAACAGCAAUGCAACGUCGCCUGUGACGCCCCAUCCACCACCACCCAGGCUCCACAAGUUAUCCAAAUCCAACUUGAAAUCCAACAGGCUGAAGCUCAAUGCCAGCCACAAUGCCAGCAACAAUGCCAAUCAUCAUGCGUUCAACAACAACAACAGCCAGCUAACCAGUGCGAUUCUGCCUGCAACUCCCAGUGCUCGAACAUCUGCCAGCAAACCGCCCAAGCUACCCAACAAGUUGUCUACAACACCAACCAGAACACCCAAAUGUAUGACCCAUACAACAACCAAGGAUCAUCCAACUGCGCUCCAGCUUGCCAACCAGCUUGUGACAACUCUUGCACUUCCCAACAGGCUCAACCAAUGUACCAACCAUACGACACCACCACUGAAGCCCCAGCUCAAGUUAUCCAAAUUGUUCUCCAGACCUCUGUUGCCCAAUCUGCUCAAUGUGCUCCACAAUGUGAACAGUCCUGCCAGCAGCAAUGUGUCCAACAACAACAGCCAGCUGCCCAAUGCCAGACUGCCUGCCAGUCUUCAUGCUCAAACUCCUGCCAAGCUGCUCAACCAGCCACCCAGGCCUGCCAACAGUCUCCACAGAACAACUCCUGCUCCUGCCAAGCUAACUACACUCCAUGUGGAAAUGGGCAGUGCUGUCGCAGAAAGUAA